GUGUGUGUGUGCAUUCAGCAUUUCUGGGGUCCUAUCGCAAACUGGGGUCUUCCCAUAGCCGCCAUAGCAGAUAUGAAGAAGAGCCCUGAGAUUAUCAGUGGCAGGAUGACAUUCGCUCUGUCCUGUUACUCACUGCUCUUCAUGAGGUUCGCCUACAAGGUGCAGCCACGCAACUGGCUGCUCUUUGCGUGCCAUUUGACCAAUGAGUCUGCACAGCUAAUCCAGGGCAGUCGUCUCAUGAGACACAACAUGGAGAAGAAGAAGCAAUCUCAAUCUCAGUGACAACGUGAAGCAGAUGGAGAAGAUCCACUUCAUUAAUGCACCAUGCUGUGACAACAGCCACCUAAACCAUCAACAUUUUAACGAAUCAUUGGAACCGUGGCACUUACCCCAUGAAAUUACCACAACUCAUCAUCCUCAUGAAGUUUUAGUCACUUUUUACGAUACAGACAGAAAAAGCAAACGCUUUCCUCAGUUUUUAAAUUGUUUUGCUACAUCAACAUGACGCACAAAAAUAUAUUUGAGGUGAAUGUACACCGAGCUAACUAGCCUGAUUACAGGCCGAGCCGGUUGCUAGAUGCUUUGCACAGAGAAUCCACUGAUCAUUCAACACUUUAGAAUGUGGCUAGAACAUCAUAAUGCUCAGCCAUAACAUUUUAAUAAGUAAUUGACAUGUUCAGUAUAUUUGACAGAGAAUUUAACCUUAGUUAUGUUCAGUAUAUGGACUUCAUUCAUUACCUUUACCUACUGAAACACAGGACACACACAGGAGAAAGAUACUGUUGCUGUACAUUGAAAACAAUAUUUGAGGAUCAAUUUGGACACGUUUUACUGUGUUAUGAUAAAUAAUGAUUGCCUAAUCAAAUGUUUAAAUUAUAAAAACUUAAAUGUUUGUGUUUUUAUGUGGUGCAGCGACCCCCACACUGUAAAUCUGUAUCAUUAGGCUGAGAUCACCAAUAUAUAAUCCUACAUGACUGGGAAAGACAAGCUGCCUCUGUCAGUGCUAACCAAAUGUACCAUAUGCAUAUUAAUUUAUUGUCAUUGUACACUUCACAUUCUCUUUCCCUGAUUCACAAUUUUGAUUCUCUGGGUUUGUUAAAUAAACUGGCUUUAACCAACUUGAACACAA